AUGGCAACCCCGCAGGAACUCGUCCCCCAGACGGAAUCCAUCGCAGAGAUCUAUGCGACAGACGACGCAUCUGCGCGGUCGAUUUCGCCAGAGAUCAAAGCCCGCUGGCAUGGUCUGGUAUCGCAGUUUACAAAGCUUUAUGGUCACCGGCCUGACUUUGUCGCCCGGAGUCCCGGCCGGGUCAACAUCAUCGGAGAGCACAUCGACUACUCCCUGUACGAUGUCCUCCCUACCGCGGUCAGCGUCGAUAUGAUCAUUGCAGCCAAGGCUAUCCCGACAACAGGGACGGAGCCUUUCGUCAAGAUCGCGAACACGAAUCCUCAGAAGUUUCCCACUCGUGAAUUCACCUUCCCCGUCGACAGAGACGUCGAGAUUGACCCCAAGCAUCACGAAUGGAUCAAUUACUUCAAGGCGGGCUUGAGAGGAGCGCUGCAAUUCCUUCGCAAGAAGAAUGAGGGAUCCUCGUUCGUCCCAUCCAGUCUGGAGCUCCUGAUCGACGGCAACGUGCCGCCAGGUGGUGGUAUCUCCAGCAGUGCUGCCUUUGUUUGCUCCAGUGCCUUGACUACCAUGAAGGCCAACAAGCACGACGUCUCAAAGCAGGAACUCCUCGACCUUGCGGUGGUUUCUGAGCGUGCUGUUGGUGUUUACUCCGGAGGAAUGGACCAGGCUGCCUCCAUCUUCUCCCGCCGGGGCUAUCUGCUCUACACACAAUUCUUCCCCAAGUUUGCCGUCCAGCACGUUCCGAUACCCAAGGCGGACCACGAGAUUACCUUCCUGAUGGCCCAGAGUUUCGUGACGUCAAACAAGGCCGAGACAGCCCCGCGACACUACAACCUGCGCGUGGCCGAGUGUACCUUGGCCGCGGUGGUCCUGGCCAAGAUGCACGGCGUUACCCUGGAAAAGGAUAGCAGCUCCCUGGGCUACAGCUUGCGCAACUUCCACGAGGAGUUCAUGCGGAAGGAGGGUCGUCUGCAGGACCCUCUCGAGUACCAGCUCGAUUCAGUCAUCCAAGACGCUGCGGAGCGUCUCUCCCAGGAACAGGGCUACACCCGCGAGGAGAUUGCUAAGCUUCUCGACAUCACUGUGCCUGAGCUCGAAUCUAAAUUCCUGUCCGCCUUCCCUGUGCAGGCGGAGCGAUUCCUCCUUCGCCAGCGUGCGCUGCAUUGCUUCAAGGAGGCUCGCCGCGUGCUUGACUUUAAGGCUUGCCUGUCCGGAACGGAGAAGCUGGAUGAGAAGCACAUUACCUAUCUGGGACAGCUUCUGAACGAAUCCCAGGCCUCGUGCCGCACUGAUUACGACUGCAGCUGUCCCGAGGUGGACGAAAUCUGCGCCAUUGCCCGCCGCGCUGGGACCUGGGGUAGCCGUCUCACCGGUGCAGGAUGGGGAGGCUGCACCGUCCACAUGCUGCCGCAGAACAAGGUCGAAGCCGUCACCAAGGCUCUCCGCGAGGAAUACUACCUUAAGCACUUCCCCGAUAUUAGCGAGGAGAUGCUGGGUCAUGCCAUGGUCAUCAGUAAACCCUCUAACGGAUCCUUCCUGUAUGUGCCGUCCCAUCAUACUACUGAGUAUGUUGCUAACCGUGAUCAAUGCAGGGCUUUCGGUGCCGCCAUCGAUCAGGUGGAAGUCUAA